AUGGUCGCCUAUGCUGCCAUGUGCAUGGUGGCCAUGCGCGAGGGUGGAGACAGGAGCAGCUAUGCGCUGCAGAGCCUUGCGGACGUCAAGACUCUCCUGGGCGCGUACUACCAGCUGGGGGGCCAAUAUGAGAAUGCAGAGCAGGCGCUGACGGACGUGCUGGCCAAGGCGCGUACGCCGUUCUCCCGCAUGCCAGCAGCUGCCGCCGACGCUGCCGCCGCGGCGCACGGCGGCGAUGGCGGUGCCGGCGAGGAUGGGGGCGCCAUUGUGAAGGGCGGGAUGGCUGCGGCGAUGGCGGCGGUGGGGCCAGGGGAGGGGCGCGCCAUUCAGGAGCAGGCACCCAACGCGCUGCUGCAGCAGCAGGGGCAGGCACCCGCAGCCCCGGAGCAGGCAGCUCCGUCCCCCAAGAAGCUGGCCCUGCCAGCGCCGCCUCUGCCGGUGCCAGAGCUGCUGCUGCCGGCGCCGCCACAGCUCUCGCAGCCGCCGCCACUGUCGCUGCUGCAGCAGCUGCUGCUGCGACUGAUGCCCCCGCUAAGCCCGGAUGGCCGCAGGGCUGGCUGCAGGACGGUCACGACCGCCAACGAUGCGGUGGAUGUGCCGGGGCUGUCCCCAAUUGCAAGGGCGCUGAAGCCGCAGGCGGCCCCCAAGCCCAAGCCCAAGGCGGCCCCCAAGCCCAAGGCGUCAACGCCCAAGCGGCCCCGCACCCCGCGGGUCCCGGGUGCAGCGGCGGCCGAGGCGGGGCCGGGGCGGCUGCCACAGCCUCCGGGAGGCGGCGCCGUUCCCGGGCCAGUGGUGGUCGCGGGGCUGGGCUUGACGGCGCUGCCCAAUUGGGAGCUGCUCUCGCCUGAGAGGCAGGCAUCGGUGGCGUCAACGUUCGCCGCGGCGCAAGAGGCGACCGUUGCCCUGGCGGUCGAGUACUCGGCGGUGCUGGCGCGCAGCCGGGCGGCUGACACUUUGGCUGCCGCGCUGCCCGCCGCCACGCCCGCGCCGCCGCCGCAGCUGGGGGCGCUGCAGUCCGCCGCUCCCGCGGUGCCGGCGCCCGUGCCGUCGCCGCAGCUGGGGCUGCCGCCGCAGGUCGCUCCCGCGCCGCCGCCGCCCGCGCCGCCACCGCAGCUGGGGCCGCCGCCGCAGGUCGCUCCCGCGGCGCUCGCGCCCACGUCGGCCGUCAGCUUGGCGGCCCUGCGCGAUGCGGUGGUCGCCGCGGCGGCCGAGGGGCGGUGCGCGGACGUGGUCGCGGCGGUCGCGCGGCUGGCUGACCUGGCGGUGCAGCAGGCCGCCCAGGGGCACGCGCUGCCUGAGCAGGGGGCCGCACAGCUGUUCUCAGAGCUGCUGGGCCCGCGGAUGACGAGCGCUCUGGCGUCGGCCGUGGCCGCCGCGCCCGCCCUGGCCGGCCACGUGCGGGCGGCGCUGCAGCGCGCGGGAGUGGCCGCGGCGCCUGGCGUGCCAUACUAUGCCUUCGUCACGGGGCUGCUGCUGGUGCAGGGCAUCUCCACGCCAGAGGCUCUGCUCGCCAUCGACCCGGCCCAGCUCGCUGCCGCGUACCAGCUGCCCUCUGUGGCUGCGGCGGCACUGCCUGCAGCGCGGCGCGCAUGA